AUGGUGCAAAGAAAGGUGAUCAACAAGCUUGGAAUCCAAUUCCAAGCUGAUGGUGAUCAAUUGCAGCAACAGGAUGGGAAGAAUCGAGGAAAAGAUUUGAAGAAGAAAAUGAAAAAGUCAGGAUCAAUGAAGCGUCAAGAUUUUGAAAAAAUUCGUUUGCCCAAUAUGGGAAGGCAAGAGCGGCAGCCCGGAAAACCUCCGCCGCCUGUUGCAACGCCGCAGAAGCAGCCAAGCGGCGCCGCAGUGGAGAUGUCGACGCCGAAUUACAUGAAGUCCACCAGCAGUUCUGAGGCUAGGAAGGAGAGAUCCCAGGUGAGUUCUUCCAGAAGUUCUAAAACUAGCCCUGAGAGUAUAUAUUCACGAAGAAAAAGUUCAGAUGUUAAAAGAUCAACAUGUUCAUCAACUUUGAAAGAUUACAAGUUUCCCAGUUACCUCGGUCUUAAUCCUGGAGGAACAGAAUCAGAGGGGACCUCUGUAAUGAAGGUCUGUCCGUAUAAUUAUUGCUCUUUAAAUGGUCAUAAGCAUGCUCCUGUGCCUCCUUUGAAAAAGUUCUUGUCUGCGAGAAGGCUUAUGAUAAAGACUCAACGGGGCUUAAAGCUGGGGUGUCUAUCCCCAAGGCGAUCAAGGCCUGCUGGAGAUGGUGUGAAUAUCGAUAGGAAAUUUCCGAGUCGAGAUGGAUUGGAUAGCUCAACAAUUAGCCCUCUGAUUCAAGAAGAGGAUGGGGAUUUCUAUGUUGAAAUCUAUGGUGUAAAGAAGGAAGAUGGUGGUGAGCAAACCGAAAAUGAUCAGGGUGCAAGUGAUGAAAAGGAAGAAGAAUCUAAUACUGACAGCGAUUCUGGUGAAAAUUUUGGUCAAAAUGGAGAUGAUGCUGCCGUCUUUCCUGAAGAAAUUGGAGCGGUGGAGGAAAUCAACGUACCUUCUGUGGCUGAAGAGGAUGCAAAAUUUGGAUGCUUGAGGGUCCAGACUGAGAUCACGAGAGACGACAUACAAAGUAUUCAAUCAGAUGGACUUGGUUCGGAUGCUUCGGAUAUGGAUUGGGAGGCAGGGGAAUACUCUGCUUUCUAUCUUGAUGGUGAUGGUCGUGAUUAUUCACUAAAAGGCAGAAAAGAACGUGACUGGAAAGGAGUUGAUUCAUCUGAAGUUGAUAGCUGCAUCAUUCGUGAAGAAGCUAUUUUCAAUCUAGAUGAAAAUGUUAGCAGCAACUUUGAUGAAAUUCCAGUAGAUGAAGAAAGCUGUAGCUCUGAAUCGACAGGUUCAUAUGAAUACCUGGAUAACUUCAACGUUGAGACUACUUCUUUUCUUUUUGAGGAUCAAAUGGGAAAUCUGGAGGCAGCAAAAGAAGAUAAGAAUGAUAUCGUGUUUUCGGACCAGGAUAGUGAUGAAGAGAAACAGAACAUCAUGAUGUUAGAAGAUGGAACUUCAAUUCAUGAAGAUGAGGAGGGUUCUGAUGUCCCUGAUAGUGUCAGCACAGGAAAUCUGAAUGAGAAGUACGAGCACGAUGUUGGCAGCCUUGGUAUUAUAGAAGAGUACCAAUCUGAUACUGCUAACAUAUAUCCACUCGACGGGGAGGCAUUCGAUGGAGGCGUUCUUCCUAUUUGUGAAGAUCCAGAAACAGAUCAAUACUGUAAUAUUCAGGCAGAAAUUUCAUGCUCUGAUAACGGCGAAGGAGGAGAUGUGACAGACCAAUCUGAUGCUGCAAAGAUGACUGGGAUAAAAGCAUCUGAUGAGGAAUCUCAGACGAUAAAUGUGGAAUAUCAGGGCCACUUGGUGAAUCAUUGUAAUGAAGCUGAUAAUCUCGGGGAAUUGAUUCCCACAGAUCCCAAAGAAGGGUCUUGUUUAGGCAUGCCUGAGCUCAAUAUGGUUGAAAAUGGAGAUCACAUAGUUCAAACAAAUUCAACCAAUGCAGAAACAAAAGACACCUGUUUGACAAGGGCUACAUUAACGGAAUCAGAUAACUCAUUUGACACCUGCAAAAACCUAAAAGCAACAACCAGAUGCAAGAGACGCGUCGAUGAUUAUGACGAAUCAAGACAAUUCAAUCCACGAGAACCAAAUUUUCUACCAGUUGAACCUGAUCCAGAGGCCGAAAAGGUUGAUCUUAAGCAUCAGAUGAUGGACGAAAGGAAAAACUCAGAAGAAUGGAUGCUUGACUAUGCACUCAGACAAGCAGUCACAACACUCGCUCCGGCUCGCAAGAGAAAAGCCAUGCUAGACCAAUCCAAGCAUGCAGAUGAACCAGUUACAGGUGAUAUGAAGAAGCAGCUCAGUUGA